CCGCCCCGCCCCCUGCUCCCCGCCCCCUACUCUCUUAGGUGGCGCCGGCUUGCGGCCGGUGUGUCGGCGGUGUUGGCUCUGGAAGCCGGAGCGGGCACAUUCCCUGGACAGGCGGCAGGCUAUGGUCGCCGGCUCCCAAAGGCCCGCUCCGCAUCGCAGCCCGAUCGUGAGCGCAAGCCUGAGCGUUCUCUUCAGCCAAGUCCCCCGGCGCGUUCGGCUGCUCCCCGGGCGCGCCCCCUCCGAUGGCGGCGGAGAUCCAGCCCCAGCCACUGACCCGCAAACCGAUCCUGCUGCAGCGGGUCGAGGGGUCGCAGGAGGUGGUCAACAUGGCGGUGAUUGUACCUAAAGAAGAGGGUGUCAUCAGCGUCUCAGAGGACAGGACAGUUCGUGUUUGGUUAAAGAGGGACAGUGGACAGUACUGGCCAAGCAUUUACCAUGCAAUGCCUUCUCCAUGUUCAUGCAUGUCUUUUAACCCGGAAACAAGAAGACUGUCCAUAGGUCUAGACAAUGGUACAAUCUCAGAGUUUAUUUUGUCUGAAGAUUAUAACAAGAUGACCCCUGUGAAAAACUAUCAAGCACAUCAGAGCAGAGUGACGAUGGUCCUGUUUGUUCUGGAACUGGAGUGGGUGCUGAGCACAGGACAGGACAGGCAGUUCGCCUGGCACUGCUCCGAGAGUGGGCAGCGCCUGGGAGGUUACCGCACCAGUGCCGUGGCCUCGGGCCUGCAAUUUGAUGUUGAGACCCGUCAUGUGUUUAUUGGUGAUCACUCAGGCCAAGUAACCAUCCUCAAACUGGAACAAGAAAACUGCACACUGCUCACAUCCUUCAGAGGGCACACAGGAGGGGUGACAGCACUCUGCUGGGACCCGGUGCAGCGCAUGCUAUUCUCAGGCAGUUCCGAUCACUCUGUCAUCAUGUGGGACAUCGGCGGGAGAAAAGGCACAGCCAUCGAACUCCAAGGACACAAUGACAAAGUCCAGGCCCUCUCCUAUGCACAGCACACACGGCAGCUCAUCUCAUGUGGUGGUGACGGUGGCAUUGUCGUCUGGAACAUGGAUGUGGAAAGGCAGGAGACCCCUGAGUGGUUGGACAGUGAUUCCUGCCAAAAGUGUGACCAGCCUUUCUUCUGGAACUUCAAGCAAAUGUGGGACAGUAAGAAAAUUGGACUAAGACAGCAUCACUGCCGGAAAUGUGGGAAGGCCGUGUGCGGCAAGUGUAGCUCCAAGCGCUCUUCCAUCCCACUCAUGGGCUUUGAGUUUGAAGUGCGGGUCUGCGACAGCUGCCACGAGGCCAUCACAGAUGAAGAACGCGCCCCCACAGCCACCUUCCAUGACAGUAAGCAUAACAUUGUGCAUGUGCAUUUCGAUGCAACCAGGGGAUGGUUACUGACUUCUGGAACUGACAAAGUGAUUAAGCUGUGGGACAUGACCCCAGUGGUGUCAUGAUGACUCGCCCAGGGACUAGGAGAAAGAUCUCACUGAAGAAGCACUUGAGUCCAGCAUCAUCACAGGAGGAGGAAAGCUUCCGGAUGAGCAAGAAGAGGGGCUGAGGCUCACAGCGGAUGUGUAUCCUCCUACCACUGUUACCGUGAACUAGUGAAAGCCAUUCCCUCCCAGGACUCUUUAGUUGUCCAUACCACAGAAAAGAAGAUAUUUUUUUAUCAAAUGGUUUAUACAGCCUGGCUGUGCUGCGUUAUUUUGAGUAUAUUGGAAAAAAUGUGUGGAUGUUUAAGCGUCUGUAUUUCAGCUGUGUGCUGUGCUCAUCGCUUUCUCUGCAGAAAAAGAGAGAAACAUCUGUUGAAGGUAUUGCGUCCUCGUAAAGCGGUCUCCUUGUUCUCGCCUCAGCAUGUACGGACAGACAGUCCUUCUCGGUCCUCGAGACUUCCUCCACCGGCCUCGCUUGCCUCUCGCCACAGAGGAUGAUCACAGCUUGUACCAGGGUUUCUCUCUCAUGCCUGGGGUAAGAGUUGGAAAACCAUGCGGCUCCAACAGUUGGCCUCGAGCCGCCUGGAGGGAGCAGGUGCGUUGUCGGAAGUCCCUGCACCUCCGCUCUGGCAUUCUCUGCCAUCCGCACUAGAAAAUGCUGCAGAAGCCUCUGCUGACCAUCAGCGGGGACACAGGUCCUGUGACCAGCCUCACCCUGCAGUGCCUGCGUCUCAGAAUUCAGUGAGAGCCUUUCCAGCCUUUUGUGUUUUGGACUAUGGGGAUUUAGGAUUUUUUUAUUUUAUUAUUAUUUUGUUGAUUUUGGUAACUUUCCUUCAUUCAUAACAUGAAAGACAAACAAAUGUCUGUGUUCCAGAAGGAAGUGUCUUGGAGGUGCAUCUUUCUACAUGGCAUUGCCUCUGUGUGUGAACAUGGAUUACCUUAAGAUUAGAAUUCUGCUCUCUUCACCAUGCAUAGUUUCUCUUUAAAUCCCAGGUAUUUAAGCAUCUUUAUGUUAAUGUAUACUCUGCUAUGAAGCCAGCGUGUGAUCUAAACAGAGGUACUAAGAAAGCAACAGAGUCCUCCAAAGGGAAUCAGUUCAGCUUGAUUAGGUACAGUAAGGACUCCCUCGGGCUAUCAAGAUAGGAUUCAAAGCAGUGGCAAGCCUGUGUCAGGAAACUGGCCAGCCUCUCCAAGCCCUUGUCAUAGUCACCUGUCAGGAAUGUCACGGCAUUGCCAGGUGAGAGGCCUUCUGGGUAAACAGGCAGAUUGCUCACACUACCCUCUCCAUGUCAUCCACCACAGUAACUUGCCCACUUCUGGCCUAACGGGUGUUGCCUGGCACAAAGGACUUGAAUGAAACGUAGUCCUCCUGUUAGUUUUGUUCUGUUCUUAGAGAAGCAGUUCCUUUUGUGGCAUCAUUUCUUCUCUUUGCAGAAGAAGUAAUAAUCACCGUUCUUGGACACCAACCACACUUAGCACUGGCGACCCAGAGUGCUUCCUAGGACAAGCCGCUUCUGCUCUUUGGCACUGGGAAGCAGGCCUGGUGUGCACCUCACACGUCCACACCCCUGGUGGCCGGCCGCAAUGUGAGAGCAGAACUCUCACACUGAGUCAUCACUGUGCUUUAACCUGAUCCAUGAAAGGCCACCUAGCAUCAGUCUGACCACUAUUACUGCUAUCGUUUUUUUCUGUGUGGUCGGUCACUCCAUCACAGAGCUUUGAAAAGGGAAUUAGAGGUAAAAUAUUCAAAGAUCAGUGGUGUGGUUGGUUGCUAGAAUCUAUAGCCACUUGGCAAGUUGCAGAGAACUGUGUGCUGCAAAUCAGUAAUAGAAGUAAGUCUGUCUGCGCUGGAGCAUGGCUGCCCAAGGGAUGGAGAUGCAGUACUAGGGAAGCAGAGGCUCGAGCUCCCAGCAAGCCUGUGGAUUCCCAGCCCUGUAUAGAUGAAGUCAAACCUUCAGUAGAACACUUGACAGUGUUGGGUGGCCCUACACACCAUGUUGCUCAUAUCCCAGCUAUGGCCCAUCCUCAGGAGUGCCCAGAGAUUGAAAGUUGACAGUGAUGAAAAUCAUGGGUGACUACCACAGAUAGACCAAGGUUUCCGUGGCUCUGCCCUUUCCUCUUCUUACCCACGUGGCUAGUGAUGGGAAAGAAUGUAUCAGAAAGCCAGCUCUGCAUGUGAUACUGUGAAUUCUUCUACUUGCCUGGUGUCUCCAUUAACCUUAGGGAAUGCAUGCUGGUGCUCAUGGAUGUCCAGGCACUGACCUCGUCCAUCAGGCAUGAGGGCUGGCACAGUGCUUGGCUCGUUUCUCCUCUGGGGAAAAAAAAUGACAAAUCUGUCAUCCUCUUGGGUUUACACUUGACUUUUGCUGUACUGUGGAAACCGCAGCUCUGGUACCCGUAGUGAGGACAGCUGUACUAAGAAGUAGGGAGACUGCACAUGCAGAGUUUUUUCCUACUUGGUGAAUGAAGAGCCAUCUUUCAAUCUGCUUUUCCAAGGGAAAGUAUUUAGUGAGCCACCUGGCUGUCUCUACCUUAGCAAAAAUGGUUUUAGAAUAAGUAUUUGGAAUUUUGUAUCACUUUAUAAAAGGUCAGUCAACAUAAUGUGUUUCUCAUUUAGUUGUUUGAAUUAUUCAUAAAGUUACAAAAAUUAUAAAGUGGGGAGGGAAGAUUGAGGUCUCAGAUGUCCCAGGUUGGUCAUACCAGGCAGUUAGACAGAGAUGAAGUGUAAACAAGAGACUCUCAAAGAACAUUCGGGAAUAAUGGCAUUGUGAGUAGGCAGAAGGGCGGCCAUUUUGUCUGGGCAGGAAGUCUCUGGACUCAGGUUUGAUACUGUUGAGCAAAUUUGACAUUACUCUUGGUUAUGAGUGGAAACAUGUUACAUCAGAAGGUGGGUGGUACCAUUGAUCUGUAUGCCGACACCCCUUCCUACAUUAGUCCCCACUGACCGUCCUAGAGUCCCACUGCCCUGCUGGCUAAGAGCUGCUCCUCUUGGUCUGGGCCUAUGGUAUUUGUCAUCGUGAUGAGAGGCUUCGCCUUCUCAGCAUCUCAGAGUCAUAAAAGCAUUCUAUAUUUUUGUUUAACAUCCUUAAAAAGCUUGAAUUUGAGCUUUAAAGCAAAAGAAUAGCUCCACACCAUGUGUCACAGCAACCAGAAUAUGCAUUAAUGAAGGGCCGUUGGCUUUGCCUUUUCAUAGUAUUUAAGUACAUAUAUAUUUGUAUAUAAGUGAGCUUGUUCGCUAAGAUUUAUAUUUUAAAGCAAAAGAGAAGCAUUUCCCAAAGUGCUCUUAUUUUUCUUUCCCUUAAAAUAAUGUAGGGUUGAGGUGGCUCCUCAGCACCCUGAUGAAAUGACAUGAACAUUAAUCAGUUUGCCACUUUGUCGGGCAGUAAGGUCCUACCGGGGAAACCUGUAUGCUCCUAUAAACUGGAGUUUAGCUUGACAGCCAAGAACUACACACCAGGCCUCAGGGGUGUAGGUCUGCGUUUUCACCUUUUAACAACUCCUCAAGGCUAGCACAGACUGCAGUGUCUGUUGCCUGCAUGGGUCCUCCCUUGUACUUCCCACGCCACGACCUUUUCAAAGUCAGAACUCUGAGUGAGGCGUCUAUUCGACCACAGUGCUUACAGUCCCUUCUAGACCUGUGACUCUGGUUCUAUGACUGGUGUUUAUUACAGGACUAACGCACAUGACCACCGAUCACAGAGCUGACCUCACUUAGGCAGAUGAGAACACACUGCACUGCCAGGAGUUACUCUCUGGACUUUUCCAUCUAGGGCUUUGUCUUGGUUAGGGUUUUACUGCUGAGAACAGACACCAUGACCAAGACAACUCUUAUAAGGACAACAUUU